CGAGGAGUACCUGAAGGCCACACCAGUAGUUAGUUUAGCAUUCCAAGAUGACGGACCCGACAACGUCGCCAGAGGACCACUGGAAAACUGAUGGUGCUUUCAGCGACAAUGGCUUUGACCACAGUUUCUUUGCUGAGACUGCAAAAAAGGGUACCGUUGUCUCCAGGGCCAACAGCAUCGGCUCAACAAGUGCCUCCUCAGUACCAAAUACAGAUGAUGAAGACAGUGACUACAGGCAUGAGCCGUCGUAUAAGGACUCCUACAAAGACCGGCGGAGACAAGCGCACACACAGGCGGAGCAGAAGCGUAGGGAUGCUAUCAAGAAAGGUUAUGAUGACCUCCAGUCAAUAGUACCGACCUGCCAGCAGCAGUCUGAAUUUGCCAUGGGAGCACAGAAGAUUAGCAAGGCGACUAUACUGCAGAAAACCAUUGACUACAUACAUUUUCUUCACAAAGAGAAGAAGAAGCAAGAGGAAGAAGUGUCCAUGCUGAGGAAAGAGGUGAUGGCAUUGAAGAUCAUGAAAACGAACUAUGAGCACAUAGUGAAGGCCCACCAGAACAACCCACAGCAGGGGGAGGAGCAGGUGUCUGACCAGGUUAAGUUCAGCAUCUUUCAGAGCAUCAUGGACUCCCUGUUCCAGUCAUUCAGCAACUCCGUGUCAGUGAGCAGCUUUCAAGAGCUCUCUGCCUGCGUCUUCAGCUGGAUCGAGGAGCACUGCAAGCCCCAGACACUCCGAGAGUUUGUCGUCGGAGUUCUCCGGCAGCUCAAUGGCCAGCUGUAUUGAUCCUGUACAACCUCUGGAUUGAACUCUCUCCCAGAAAUCGAGUUAAGGCUUGCUCUGGCCUCUCAGGGUGGAGUACAAACUUUAAUCAGCCAGUUCUGCACCCUCAGGCCACACUGCAGUAUUUACACUCACCUCAGCUCAUCAGUGACUUGCAGGCUGCAAUUGGAUUACCUCAACCCAAGCCAUCAACGGAGAUGAAAAGUUGCGUUGGAUUGAGCGGUUAUACCAUGUGCAAGAAAGCUCCCGUCCUGAUCUCUUUCCAAUCAAGCGUUUACAUAGAGACAUAGCCUGAGAUUAGUUCAGCAUUUGCUCCCCAGUAGAUCUCUGAUAGGAAAAGCAGGAGCUCAAAAUACUGCUAGUGACAUCAGGUUUGCUAGAGUGCAUGCUUUAGGUGCAUUGAGUAGACAAAACACAACUGUGGCCUUCAUGUUAACGUAGUCAGUGUUUGCAGUAGAACAGAUUUUCCUGAGCCGAGUUGCUUCUGCUCCGGCAAAUCAAAUCAUGACCAGAUCAGAUUAAGAAGUUGUAUAACCAUGAGUCUCCUCCAUACAGAUUCAGCUCCAGACCAACAGCUUGGUCAACAGUAUUUUCUCUGAAAUGUAGGCAGUAUAAAAGGUAUAACGUUUAAAAGUAAGUCAUAAUUAACGAAAUAAGUGAGCCAUAUUUCACACAUAGUAAAGAUUGUGGUUUAUUAAGUCUAACCUCUGCUGAAAAAAAUGUGAACUAUGAACAGUUUAGUAGACAACGCAGUUUUUUAGCGCCCAAAGAAGUUGGGUGUCUUUUGCAUUGUGGUGUUUGAACUAAGCCUUCAACAUCAGCUAACUUAAAAGACAACCACAGCUUUACAGGUCUGAUAUUUUUUUGUACCUGGCACACUGUUUUUUUAUUUCUCCAUUUGAAAUUGCUCAGAGUUAUGAGUCAAUUAUAAAACAUGCAGGUAGGACUAAUAACCAUAAAAUACCAUCAAGGCAGCAGAAUAUUUAGCCAGCAAUUUGAACAGUUUUCCCAAAACAAUCAAAAGUUAUAGAUUUGGAAGCACAUGCGCCACCUGUUUCAUUGGGAUAUUUAGAAACCUCAAGAAUAUGCCUUUCAUAUUGCACUCAUCUUUUCAUCAGAUAAUUGCAGUUUUAAUGCCAAUAUGACAAGUGACAACCUUGGCCUUAACACUGGUUUUCACCGGCUCUCUGUAUCCUUCUAAUGUGGUGCAAAUCCAUUCAAAGCCAUUAUCAGAUUACCUGGAUUAUCUCACAAAUAAAAAA